GGAGAAAAAACGUUGAAUGCGUCCGGUGGGAGGCAGAGAACAUCUGUGCGUGUGUCUGAGUGUGAGUGAAAGUGUUUUCCUCCAGCCUAGCACAGGUUGAAUACUCGCAGAGAGCCACUUUUUGCGCCCCUCACUCUUCUGGACAAAGUAAUCUUUUACUGAACUGUGUGGCCAGCUCUCAUCGUCUGACUGAAAUGAGGACCGUGGUCCUUGGCCUCUUCUGCCUGUUGGCCUGGCCUGGGGCCUGUGGACAGGGCCGACAGAGGCAGCGGCCACUCCCACUCUCCUCCAAAGGCCAGCGGGACACCGGCCUGCAGACCAACUCGCUGGAGAGCCAGUGCAAAGGGAAGCCCCUGGACUUUGUGUUCGUGAUUGACAGCUCGCGCAGCGUGCGGCCGGACGACUACGAGAAGGUGAAGGCGUUCAUCCUGAACGUGCUGAGCGUGCUGGACGUGGGGCCGGAGGCCACGCGCGUGGGCCUGCUGCAGUACGGCAGCGUGGUGCAGAGCGAGUUCUCGCUCAGCGCCUUCACCCGCCGCGCCGACGUGGAGCGGGCGGUGCACGCCAUGGCCCACCUGGCCUCGGGCACCAUGACGGGGCUGGCGCUGCGCUACACCACCGAGGAGGCCUUCUCCGAGGAGCAGGGCGCCCGGCCCAAGGCCAUGCAGGUGCCGCGCGUGGCCAUGGUGGUGACCGACGGCCGACCGCAGGACACGGUCGAGGAGGCGGCGGCCGACGCGCGGCAGGCGGGCAUCGAGAUCUUCGCGGUGGGCGUUGGCAGGGUUGACAUGGCGACGCUGAGGGCGAUUGGCAGCGAGCCCCAUGAGGAGCAUGUCUUCCUGGUUGCCAAUUUCAGCCAGAUCGAAACUCUCACGUCAGUGUUCCAGGACAAGCUCUGUGCAGAUCUGUGUUUGGCGGUGGACCACCAGUGCGAGCACAUCUGCGUCAGUGCGCCUACCUCCUACAUGUGCAGAUGCAGGAAGGGCUACAUCCUGAACUCCGACGGCAAAACGUGCCGUGAGAAGGACACCUGCGCUGAGGUGGAUCAUGGGUGCCAACACAUCUGUGCCAAUCUCCCUGAGGGCUACAAGUGCGGAUGCCGAGAAGGCUACGAGCUCGAUGAGGACGGGAAGACAUGUCGCAGAAUUGAUUUCUGUGACCUGGGGAACCACGGCUGUGAACACGACUGCAUCAGUACUGCCGACUCCUACAUCUGCAGAUGCAAGAAGGGCUACAUCCUCAACCUGGACGGCAAGACAUGUAGCAAAAUUGACCAUUGUGGUCAGGGCGAUCACGGCUGUGAACACGAGUGUGUCGACACAGAGGACUCGUUUGUGUGUCGCUGUCGGACAGGCUACACACUCAGACCAGAUGGCAAAACCUGCAAAAAAACUGACCGCUGUUCUCAGGGUGACCACGGCUGUGAACAUGAGUGUGUCAACACAGUGGACUCGUUUGUGUGUCGCUGUCGAAAAGGCUACACGCUGAGACCUGAUGGCAAAACCUGCAAAAAAAUCGACCUCUGUGCUCAGGGUGAUCACGGCUGUGAACACGAGUGUGUCAACACAGACGACUCGUUUGUGUGUCGUUGUCGCUACGGCUACACACUGAGACCUGAUGGCAAAACCUGCAAAAGCCUGGACAUCUGUCAGACUGUGGACCAUGGUUGUGAGCAUCAGUGUGUUGGCACGGCUGGAUCUGAUUCUUACGUCUGCAUCUGCUUUGAGGGCUACACACUGGCUGAGAAUAGCAAGAACUGUAAAAAGUCUGAUUGUGGAGAUGGGGUCAUGGACUUAGUGUUUGUGAUAGAUGGCUCUAAGAGUUUGGGGACAGCCAACUUUGAGCGAGUGAAGAGGUGGGUCAACGACAUCGUGGAGGCGCUGGCUGUGUCCAGAGGGGGCACUCGGGUGGGCCUGAUCCAGUACUCCACCAAGGUGCGCACCGAGUUCACCCUGGCCCAGCACGACCGCACCCAGGCCAUCCAGCAGGCCGUCUCCAGCAUGCAGUACAUGGGCCGGGGCUCCAUGACGGGCUCGGCGCUCAGGCACAUGUUUGAGCGCAGCUUCUCCACGGCCGAGGGAGGCCGGCACGGAGUCCCGCAUGUCAGUAUCGUUUUCACCGACGGCCGCUCGCAGGACGAUGUGUCUGGGUGGGCCACCAAAGCCAAACAAGCGGGUGUAAGGAUAUACGCUGUGGGCGUUGGGAAAGCAAUAGAGGACGAGCUCAGAGAGAUUGCCUCAGAGCCAGACGAGAAGCAUCUCUACUACGCUGAGGACUUGAAUCGCAUGGGAGACAUCACUGACAAACUCAAGGCUGAGAUUUGUCAAGGUAAACCAGCUCCUACAGACCAAUGUGAGUGCAACAGUUUGGUAGCCUUCCAGAACCAGGCUGCAGAGCAAAUCCAAAAACUGACCCAGAAACUGGAAGCUGUGACAAAGAAGAUAGAAAGCCUGGAGAACCACAGAAGGCACAAGUGAGAGAGAGACCAAUGUACCAUGGAGGCCUUGACCUACCUUUUGUUCAGUAUGUGGGGUGGGUUGGGGGAUAUAUUGAAGGGAUCUAUAAAGUUGCAUUUAAGCUAGAGCAGAUGUACUACACUGAAUGAUGGGGCCAUUUUGUAUUUUUGUAUUUAUAUAUUGUCUUAUAUACAGUUUCAAGGAUACUACCCAAGUAAACUUUGGUAGUAAAGAAUUUGUUCCUUUAAAACACAAGCUCUUACCUACACCAUUACUAAUCACAAACAGCAUAGGCAUUGGGUAGCAAAUCCUGAAUUCACACAACUUGAUUUCCUAACAAUAUAUGAAUAAACUAUUGAUCUUGAAACUCGUACAAUAACGGCACACUUAGGAUAUGUGUAAUUAAUCUGACAAACCUUUGUCAAUAUGGGAACUUAUAAAUUAAAGAUAUUUUUUAAAUUACAA